GUACCUAUGAGACUUCAAGCUCUGCACCCCGUGCAUGGGUUUAAACACUCUCUGCAUUCAACCAUGGGGCUCUGAUGGGUAAGAAUGUACAUCUUUGGGAAUGCUGCCUUAACUCUGUGUCCCAUCCUGAAGAGCCAGACAUCAAUGAAGCCAUGGGGGUCUCAAGGACCAAGAAGACAAAGGACAGCAGCAGUCGAAAACAAAAGAGCAAGUUGGAGAAGGGGCAGGGGAUGCCGAAGACAACUCAGGUGAAGGAGCAACCAGAAGAAAUACCAUGCAUGGGGCAGGCUGCUGUACUGAAAGGGAAGAAGAAAGUCAAGGAGAAGCCACUGCAGGAGAACACCAUCAGUAGAAGCUCUCUAAGGCGUGAGGUUGCAGAAGAAAAAGAUCUCGGCUCAAUCUGGCAGGAUGGGAUUCAAGUGAAGGAGGCAGCUUCAUCCUUGUUGGAGGAAACUGAUUCCACCCUCCACCAAGGGUCAUCAGUGGGACUGAAGGACUCCUUCAGGUCAAAGAGUAAAUCCCGGAGAGAGGGACCUGCAGUGGGACACCAGCUCUCAGAGGCAGAGGAUGAAGUUGGGCUCCUCAAGCCAAGUAGAGGUGAUAAUGGUGUAGCUGAAUUCCUCUCUGGAGAGCCUGGGGCUUCAAGAUUGGCUGUGGAGGUCACUGCUUUGAUGGAGAGUGUGGAGAAGGAGCUAGACCCUCACGUUCCAAUGCAGAAAGGGGAUGCCGGAGGCAUGAAAAGAAAAAGACAAACAGAGAAGAAGCAAGAGCCAAAGAAGCAGAGGAAGAAUUUGUUGAGAAAAGGAGGGACCAAAAGGGAUAAGUUAGAGGAAAGCCUUGGGAAUGUGAUGGAGGACAUCAGGGAAGAAGAUGGUGCUGAUGGGGACAGGAAUUGUGGAGUCAGACAGGAUAAAGCCAAGCAAGGGAGCAGCAGCACAUGGGGAAGGGCUGAUGAGAGGGAAAAGCAGAAAGGGAGAGGGGAGAAGUGCAAGAAGAUUUAA